UGGCUCGCCCAGCAGGCUUGACGCGGACAACUGGGAGGGGCGGGGCCAGAGCGGCUUGAGCCUCCAGUGUGAGCCAGAGCGGCGCUUGGUAUCUCGUCAGCUCGUCAUCGUGCGUCAGCCGCCGGGAACCAUCCACCAUCCGGUCUCCGACCUCCAGCAUCUAAGGACGCCCGGCACCGAGCCUCAUCUGCGCCAUUUGAAGCUGAAGGAAUGAUGCCAGAAAACAACCCAAAUGGAUCGAACCAUCAAAUGUCCUUAUGGGUGACCAAAAAGGAUGAAGAGCUUUCUAACGGAAUAACUAGGACACUACCUUCGACAAAUCCAAUCAAAGUCAGGAUCGCGUGUGGGGGAAAAAAUGACAUGGAGCCUUCUGUGGCGCUAUGCUUAUGUGUUAGCGUCAGCGUGGAGCCUUCGGGCGUCAAGCCACAGGAGCCGAUUCCAGGAUGCCCCUCCUUCUCCAGAGACAUGAUUCAUUUUGGUGUCCAUGUUCUCAGCACCUUACCGACAGGAUAAUCUACUCAAGACAUGUUGUUUCAUGAUGAAGAUCGAUACCAGCCUAAUCACAGCCCAGCUGCCUGAGGCCCUGUCCCAGGCAGGCCUUCAGUUUACCGUGGCCACUGAGGAGGACUUUGACGACAUCAUGGCUAUGAGCCAGGAUAUCUACGGAGGUCUCGACUAUCUGCCCACGAGAUACACCAGCUGGCUGCAGGAAAGCAACCGCACAGUCAUACUGGCACGCAAACAAGGGAAAGUGAUCGCUCUGGAGUCGGUGUGUGUGAUUGACAAUGGGCAGACCAUGCUGGUCGAGGGUCUUCGUGUGGCCCCUCAAGAACGGGGAAAAGGCGUGGCCGGAGUCCUGCUACGCUUUUGCGCCGAGCUCGUCAAAUCUAAAUAUCCAGAGGUCAAAGUGAGCCGCCUAACACGUGAUGACCAACUCAGACCCAAAGACUUCCAGAAGUAUCGCAUCAUAACCAAACAGGGCAUCCUGCUGAUGCGUUUCCGAGCCGAAGACCUCAAGCUUCGUUUGUCUGAUAUUGGUGGACAGAUGCAGGCACCGCUGUCCUCCUUCUUCUCAAACGGUCCUCCCAUACGCCUGGACAACAACGCCAUUUAUCAGCUGUAUUUGACCACUGACCUGAUGCGGGGGGUCCUCCCGAACGCCACCAUCAUCCAAGACUGGCAGCCGUUCAAACUUCUGCCCACUAACAUGGCCAUCCUGAUGAAGAAGGACAUUGACUGGAUGGUGGACGAUGCCUCCAACCCUACUGUGGGCAGCCUGUGCACUUUCCCUUUCAGGGUCCCCAUUGGAGAUGAGUGGUAUUAUCUCAACAUCGACAUGUUCGGCAAAGACCUGGACCUGGUGCGCCAGCAGUUCCUGUGCCACCUGCAGCGCCACACUGCAACACUGAAGGGUUACGUGAUGUGCCAGAUGUUCCUGGACCCGCCCCUCUGGAAGCCCAUGGCCGACUUUUGCCGCGACACCCUGAACGUGGAGCUGGUGAAGGAAUACACGGAGCAAUGCGUGGUGGAGUCCGAUGUCAUGUAGUCACCAGCAAGGAGGCAAUGGACAGCUCGAUUAGAAGACGAGCCAAAGCGACUAAUCAUACUACAUUUGUGAGAUUAGAAUACUGUCAAUCAUUCUAUACUCAGAGUUUGAAGCAUGAGCUGUUAUUAUUUUUGAAAAACUGACAGGAGUUCCGAAAUACUUUCUAAAACAAGAUUUUUGAUAGAAUUGGUUGAUAAUUCCUACGCUGAGUCCAUUCCUAAUACAUUGAGCUCAUAUUCAGAUUCAAAGUCAUGGACCACUGAGCUUUUCAAAUCGUACUGUACAACAAAGUUAAGGUUACGUAGCAGUGAUGUAACCUAAAAAGCUCUUUUUUGAAAAGACAAAUAACCCUUUGGGCAUUUCCAACAUUGCUGCUGUUUGCCAUAAAUACGAGACAGCUGAGUUUGCUUAGAACAUCUGCACAACUCUGAAAGCACUUUAAAUUGACAAAUACCUGCUGUGGUUAAGUUGGAAUGGGAGAAGACAAAAUAUAUCAAGAACAAGCUCAUCCUCCUUCAGGAGAAAUGAUCGGUCAUCUGUCUUUGUUAGUCUAUUUCUUCUCAUUUUAAAACAGUAACUGAAAUAUACUGUACUAUUUUUGCAGAAAAAACGUUCUCAGCUGUGGGUGGAAAAUAGGCUUUGUUGUUUGUUUUGAGAUGGAUAACAUAAUGUCUAACUAUUGUACAUGCUAAUGCUUGAAGAGGCUCAACAGUAUGAAAAUAACUACAAUAUGCUGCAAUUCAACGACUACUAAUAGUGUUACUGGAACGUUUACAUACUCGUGAAGUCGUUUUAAAAUCUGCGUACCUCAAAUACAUUGUUCCAGAAAGCACUUUUUUAAAGAGUGAGGAUAACUCAAUACAAUAUGUCUUCAAUAUAACAUUAUGGUUUUAAUAGCUAAUCAUAGCAACAUGAUACAAUUGCAUAUUUAUAUUUAAAUCAAAUACUGCAUAUGCAGUCUUACAAUGGCCGACAGGGGUAAACGAACAGCUACGUCAAAACGUUUCAAACCCACAAAUGAUCCAAAACCAAUUACACACAGAAAAAAAAAUAAGCUGGGAAAAUGCUGCAAUCACAUAAACGCUGCAGGGUCAAAAAACAAAUGGUAAAUUUAAAAAAAAUGCAAUUGCGUAAAACUGUCAUUCUCAAACUUUUUUUUGACUUAGCAAAAAUCUGGCUCAUCAUGUACCACUAUAAUGACCAACAUUAAAAUACAGUAGUAUAGUAAGCUUAAGUGUUGUUAAAAGUAUAGGUUUUAUUUAACAAGUAUAUUUAAUAUUUUUGGUCACCGUAACAUUACACACAGUUUGAACACUGUAUGAAUAUAGGGGGGGGAAAAAACAGUGUACUUUAAUCAAAUGAUUAUUUGAUGUACCGCUGGAUAGAGCCCACAUACUACUAGUGGUACAUGUACCAGUUUGAGAAUCUCUGUUCUAAAAAACACAAAACCCCCCAAAACAUUUGCUUGAGAGAACUGCUGCAAUUUCAUGUAACAAAACAGACGUUAGCCAGACUACCAGCAACUCCAGACCUGAGAGAUAUCUCAAAAUGUAUAUUUUACAGUAUUAGAGAGCAAUCUAUUUUUACAACUAAGUAUUAACUAGGGAGAUUAUAGGAACAUUUUACAUUUAUCUGAGAGAGAGAUAUCCCUCAGGUCUACAGUGCAAGGGUGUCUCUUAAUUAAAUGUAGAUCACGCGCUGUGCACACCCCACAAAUUGUGGGGUCCCUGUUUUGCGUUAAUGAGCGCAUGUAACAUGUCAUUUAAUUAAUUACAGGACGCUCCAUAUCAAAUUCUACUUCAAACAUAUUCCGAGCCUCUUUCCGCUCUGUCAUUGAUAAAGAAAUAACGGCAAAUUUCCACAGAUAUUCUCAUUUGUUAUUUUGCACUAAAAAAUGUAUUACUGAGACAAUUUAUUUCCCAUGAAUUUGUUGUAGUACACAACAUUCAUCAAAUAAGUUUGAUUAAAAAGAUAAAAAUCCUUUCCAAAAAAAAAAAAAAAAAAGUGUUUUUUUUGUAAUAAGAGGGUGGCCUAAAAAUAAAUUCUGCUUCGGGUCCCAAUUUAGCCAGGGGCUACCCUGCUGCCAUGCCUGGUAACCUGGCUAAUUUCCUGGUAGUCUGGCAAGCUUUCUUUUGUUUGGUAAAGUUGCACCACGCGUUGUUGCAUUUGUUUUUGAUACUGAAGUUUUAAUGCGAUUGCAGCAAUUUUAAUGUGCAGCAGGUGUUUAAUGGUGUUGGUUUGUUUUUUGGUUUUGGAUCACUUCUGUGUUUGAAUGGUUCGGCCACCAUGAGUUUCACCUUCAAAUACAGUAGGAUAACAGCAGUUUGCUGCAGAACUGAUAUGAAUGAUAAUUUUUGUUCUCCAAUGCUAUUUUUUUAUAUAUACACUCCAUUGUGCUAAAUACUGAUUUUAAUUAUGACAACCAAUAUUGUCAAGUCAAAGUCCAGGGAGCCUAAUAAUAGUUUGUUUUUAACCAAAGAAAGUUGCAAAUUAUCUCAAGCAUUGCCCUAAUGUUUGCUGCCAUUUGUCCAUCCAUUCAAACAAUACACAUAGAGACAGUCUACUACUGUAUUUUGUUGGAUUGAAAGAAGUUCUGUAGUGACACACCCUGAAUACAGUCCUGAAUAUAUAGCAGCUGACUUCUUGGAUUUAACUGCUGGAAUUUAUUUUUUAUCUCACAACCAAACACAGCAUCUGUUUGAAGAUGAACCCUUCAACUUCUUAUAUUUUUUUCUGGGGUCUUAAUUCUAUAUGUAACACAUGUAAAUAGUGUAUGUUGUGCUGGAAAGCCGCAGCCUCAUGUUAUUAUUUUGGUUCUGGUAGGAAACCUUCAGAGCAUGUGGCAUCUUUUUUUAAAAGAAUAAAACAUUCUAUUUUUACUGUAAAUUUUACAUUGAUCUCCUGUCACUUGUAGAACCAUGUCAACGUGUUUGUCAGAUCACUAUUAUUCAAGGAACUUUAUUGUCAGAACAUUUUCAUUAGAAUAAGAUUUGUAUUGAUGUAUUUGUGCAAAACUUGAGAGAGCAGGUGAAGAACUUUUAUGCAUGCUUGGGAAGUGCCAUAAGCCACUACUGCUAAUCCAUUAAUUUGUCAAGAAAAAAACAAUACAACAAAAAACAGCAAAUCAUCUUCAGGUUUAAAUUUCAAUUUCAUUGAAUGUGACACUGACACUGAAAUACAGUGCUUUGCAGUUUGGACUGUGUUUUUUAACAAAUGCCUGUACAAGCCAUUGACUUCAUGCAGUAGGUGAAUGAGCAUGCACUUUAGUAGUCAGUGGCAAUAAUAGCCAAGUAGCAUCCUUACCUUCGCCCUGUUGAGAUGUUUUACAAUCAAUCAAGUCAGUUUGUCAUCCUAAAAAACAAGAACAGGAUACAAUGUAAAGGCUGUCAGACAGACAGAGGCUAAUACAUUUAGAAAACUAGUUUUUAAGGCUUUUAGUAAGCUUCUAUUUUUGUGAAACUCCUUUGCUGCUCACAUUGUCCUUUUUUUUAACAUGAUUAUUAACAGACUGACUUGUGUUACGUGCAAAUUAUAAUCACUACUAAACUAGUGGAGCGAGAAAUAUGUAUUUUUUUUCUGUGUACAUUCAAACCUUCUGUGUUCUUGUAAUGAAGUGAUUGAUUCAUCUUGGCAUUGACUGCUAAUGCAUUGGACCUCCAAAAAAUGGAGGCGGGGGAGACAUGAACAAAGCUUCCUUAUUUAAUGUCUUAGUAAAGACGACUAACGUGUC